CCCUCCCAGCCGCCUGCCUGCCAGGGGUAGUGAGCCGGUUGAGCGGCAUGGAGACGCAGGAACUUCGGGGGGCCCUGGCUCUUCUCCUCCUUUGCUCUUUCGCAUCCGCUAGUCAGGAUCUUCAGGUAAUUGACCUGCUGACUGUGGGUGAGUCCCGGCAAAUGGUUGCUGUGGCUGAGAAGAUCCGGACAGCUCUACUCACUGUUGGGGACAUCUACCUCUUGUCCACCUUCCGCCUUCCCCCUAAGCAGGGUGGCGUCCUCUUUGGCCUCUACUCUCGCCAAGACAACACGCGAUGGCUGGAGGCCUCUGUUGUGGGCAAGAUCAACAAAGUACUGGUGCGGUACCAGCGGGAAGAUGGCAAAGUCCACGCAGUGAACCUACAGCAAGCAGGCCUGGCUGAUGGGCGCACACACACAGCUCUCCUGCGACUCCGAGGUCCUUCCCGACCCAGCCCUGGCUUGCAGCUCUACGUGGACUGCAAACUGGGUGACCAACAUGCCGGCCUUCCAGCACUGGCCCCCAUUCCUCCAGCAGAGGUCAAUGGGCUGGAGAUUAGGACUGGACAGAAGGCUUAUUUGAGGAUGCAGGGCUUUGUGGAAUCAAUGAAAAUUAUUCUGGGAGGAUCCAUGGCCCGGGUAGGAGCCCUGAGUGAAUGUCCAUUCCAAGGGGAUGAAUCCAUCCACAGUGCAGCCUGUCCCACUGACCAUGUCGUCUUCUUCUCUCUAGUGGCCAAUGCAUUGCAAUCCAUUCUAGGGGAGCAGACUAAGGCGCUGGUCACCCAACUCACUCUCUUCAACCAGAUCCUGGUGGAGCUGCGGGAUGAUAUUCGAGACCAGGUGAAGGAAAUGUCUUUGAUCCGAAACACCAUCAUGGAGUGUCAGGUGUGCGGCUUCCAUGAACAGCGUUCCCACUGCAGCCCCAACCCCUGCUUCCGAGGCGUGGACUGCAUGGAAGUGUAUGAGUAUCCAGGCUACCGCUGUGGGCCCUGUCCCCCAGGCCUGCAAGGCAACGGCACCCACUGCGAUGACAUAAAUGAGUGUGCUUACGCUGACCCCUGUUUCCCGGGUUCCAGCUGCGUCAACACUGUGCCUGGCUUCCACUGUGAGGCCUGUCCUCGAGGGUACAAGGGCACCCGGGUGUCUGGUGUGGGCAUUGACUAUGCCCGGGCCAGUAAACAGGUCUGCAAUGACAUUGAUGAAUGCAACGAUGGUAACAAUGGUGGCUGUGACCCAAACUCCAUCUGCACCAACACUGUGGGAUCUUUCAGAUGUGGUCCCUGCCGCCUGGGUUUCCUGGGCAACCAGACCCAGGGCUGCCUCCCAGCAAGGACGUGUCACAGCCCAGCCCACAGCCCCUGCCACAUUCAUGCUCACUGUCUCUUUGAACGAAAUGGUGCAGUGUCCUGUCAGUGUAAUGUGGGCUGGGCAGGGAACGGGAACGUGUGUGGGCCUGACACAGACAUUGAUGGCUACCCGGACCAGGCGCUGCCCUGCAUGGACAACAACAAACACUGCAAGCAGGACAACUGCCUUUUGACACCCAACUCUGGGCAAGAAGAUGCUGAUAAUGAUGGUGUGGGGGACCAGUGUGAUGAAGAUGCUGAUGGGGAUGGGAUCAAGAAUGUUGAGGACAACUGCCGACUGUUUCCCAACAAGGACCAGCAGAACUCAGACACAGAUUCAUUUGGUGAUGCCUGUGACAACUGCCCCAACGUUCCCAACAAUGACCAGAAGGACACAGAUGGCAAUGGAGAAGGAGAUGCUUGUGACAACGAUGUGGAUGGGGAUGGCAUCCCCAAUGGAUUGGACAAUUGCCCGAAAGUACCCAACCCACUACAGACAGACAGGGAUGAGGAUGGGGUGGGAGAUGCUUGUGACAGCUGCCCUGAAAUGAGCAAUCCUACCCAGACAGAUGCAGACAGUGACCUGGUGGGAGAUGUCUGUGACACCAAUGAAGACAGUGAUGGGGAUGGGCAUCAGGAUACCAAGGACAACUGCCCACAGUUGCCGAAUAGCUCCCAGUUGGACUCAGACAAUGAUGGACUUGGAGAUGAGUGUGAUGGGGAUGACGACAAUGAUGGUGUCCCAGAUUAUGUGCCUCCUGGUCCUGAUAACUGUCGUCUGGUACCCAAUCCCAAUCAGAAAGACUCAGAUGGCAAUGGUGUUGGUGAUGUAUGUGAGGAUGACUUUGACAAUGAUGCAGUAGUCGACCCCCUGGAUGUGUGUCCUGAAAGUGCAGAGGUAACCCUCACAGACUUUCGAGCCUAUCAGACCGUCGUCCUGGAUCCUGAGGGUGAUGCUCAGAUCGACCCAAACUGGGUCGUCCUCAAUCAGGGUAUGGAAAUCGUUCAGACCAUGAACAGUGACCCUGGCCUGGCAGUUGGAUACACAGCCUUCAAUGGUGUGGACUUUGAAGGCACCUUCCAUGUGAACACAGUGACUGACGAUGACUACGCAGGUUUUCUCUUCAGUUACCAGGACAGUGGCCGGUUCUAUGUGGUCAUGUGGAAGCAGACAGAGCAGACCUAUUGGCAGGCCACACCUUUCCGUGCCGUUGCCCAGCCCGGGCUGCAGCUCAAGGCAGUGACAUCAGUGUCUGGCCCAGGUGAGCACCUCCGGAAUGCCCUCUGGCAUACUGGUCAUACCCCUGAUCAGGUACGGCUGUUAUGGACUGACCCACGAAAUGUGGGCUGGCGUGACAAGACCUCCUACCGCUGGCAGCUGCUGCACCGGCCUCAAGUUGGUUAUAUUCGGGUGAAGCUCUAUGAGGGUCCCCAGCUAGUGGCGGAUUCUGGGGUGAUCAUUGACACAUCCAUGCGAGGGGGGCGUCUCGGUGUAUUCUGCUUCUCCCAAGAAAACAUCAUUUGGUCCAAUCUCCAGUAUCGAUGCAAUGACACAGUGCCCGAGGACUUUGAGCCAUUCCGGAGGCAGCUGCUCCAGGGAAGGGUGUGAGGAGGUGGCCACCGGAUUCCUGAUUUUAGACUCUUUGGCCUGGGGUCCAUCCUGGAGACUCUGAGGUCUAAACUACAGCCCCUCAGCCAAACAUAGACCCUCCUCUGGCACCCAUCAGUUCAGCCCCGUUGGGGUAGCAACCCCACUGUUUAGGGGUUGGGAAAUUUUCAAGGGGUAUUACUCAGGUACUAACCCCAGGAAAGAUAACAGCAGAUUGCCAUAAAGUUCCAGUUGUUUUCUAAGCCAGUG